AUGCUCAUAUAUGGCGCCGAUCGCAGCUAUGUCGAGAGCCUCGAGAGCCGUCUUGAAAAAUUGGAGAAGCUUUUCAAACAGCGAUGUCCCGGCAUAGAUCUUGCUCACGAAUUGGAGAACGAGCCGGAUGGCGAGCCUGAGAACUCGCCCAUCGCCAGCAGCUCCGUCUCCUCAUCCUUACGCUCCACGAUCGUCCACGCUUCCUCUAUGAUCACGCCCGUCUCGGGCUCAGCCAGUUCAACUUCCCUCCCUCAGCCGCCCCCGAAACCAGCAGAACCAAACGCCGAUCACACUAACGAAGAUGAAAGCGUGAGGAUUCAAAACGAGGUCAUCAAAGGGCUGAGCAAGCUCUCCAUCGACCCUGUUGCACGCAACUAUCACGGCAAGUCUAGCGGGCUGGUAUUCAUACGAACCGCAAAGCGUCUCGCCCAGCAACCCGAUGACGCGCGUAAGGCACCACCUAUCGUGGAUACUCAACCUUCACCAGACAGCGCGAAAGCGGAGGAGGAUGCGGUAUCCCCCUUCAAGGACUUCCCUCCUCCAGAUCUGAUGGACUACCUCAUAGCUCUCUACUUCACCAACGUGAAUAUAUACACACCGCUCCUGCAUGCACCGACGUUUCUGAACAGUCUGCGUAACGGAGAGCAUCUCCGCGACGGCGGGUUCGGCGCGACGGUCCUUCUGGUCUGUGCCAACGGAGCCCGCUUCUCCACCGACCCACGUGUUUUCGCCCACGGCACCCACUCGCCAGCUUCCCGUGGCUGGAAAUGGUUCGCUCAAGUCGAGCGCGCUCGCAAGUCUUACCGAGCACCGUCGAGACUGUAUGACCUUCAGGUCUGUGCGCUUAUGACUAUGUUUCUCCACAAUUCUACACGGAUACUCCAAAGCUGGACAGUCACCGGCGUUGGCCUCCGGCGAGCCUUGGAGGUCGGCGCGCACCGCAAACACUUGGGCGCCGCGUCGCUCACGAUCGAGAAUGAGCUAUGGCGGCGAGCGUUUUGGGUCCUUGUCGUGAUGGAUUGGGAUAUCAGUCAUGCCUUUGGCAGGCCAUGCAUGGUACUCGAAGAGGACAUCGAUGUGCCACUUUUGACGGAGUGCGACGACGAGCAUUGGACACACGGCGAGUCGGGAACAGCACCCCGGCAGCCUCUAGGGAAGCCCUCCAAGCUCUCGUUCUACAACAGCUUUAUCCGUCUUGCGCGGAUACUAGCUUACGCCACACGUACGAUCUACGCCAUCCGCAAAUCGCUCACCCUGGCGGACGAUGGCAACCAGCAGCAACGCAUAGUCGCCGAGCUAGACUCCUCGCUAAACCAGUGGGCAGACUCCGUGCCCGCCCACCUCAAAUGGGACCCGCACCGCGAAGACGAGGUGUUCCUGCGCCAGUCCGCGAACCUCCACGCGUACUUCUACCAAGUGCAGGUGUGCGUGCACCGCGCGUUCAUCCUCCCGUACCACGAGUCGCCGCUCUCCUUCCCGUCGCUGAUCAUCUGCACCAACGCCGCGCGGGCGUGCAUCCGGCUCCUCGACGAGCUCUGCGCGCGCAUAGGGACGCCCGUCUACCGGAACCUGGUGCGCACCGUUGUCCCUCCCUCCAUGCGCACGAGAGCCGUGGCACUUACGCGGGUGCGGGGAUCUAGGGUAUACUGA